AUGAAGGGAAUCACUCGUGUUAUCUGUCUACUAUUGCUACUUGGCAUCGUAGGAGCCAACAAACCCAGUCCUGAUGAGGCGGCCCUGGAGCAAAUACUUCACCAAAUGGACGAUUCAGUUAAUCCCUGCGAAGAUUUCCAAAAGUUUUCAAGCGGAAAGUUCUUGGACAACCACAAGGUAGAUGGAAUCUACAACUUUUAUGGUUUAGUGAAACAUAAAUUCAACGAAAGAAUGCAAAAAGUGUUCGAUCGACUCAAAUAUCGAGUUCUACGAGACUCAAACAGUGUGGAGGAGAAGGUGUGGCUAUUCUAUAAUACCUGCCUCACAGCUCCGAGAAUUACGCAUGCGUGGAAGCAUUACAUUGGAUUGGUGUCACCAGGUAGGGAUCUCACCUGGCCACAUCUAACGCCCCGAGGCAGUCAGUGGUUCGAGGAGAACUUCAAGUGGCUGGAGACUCUGGCUCGGCUAAGUCACUUUGGUCUGAUGCUCCUCAUCGAGAUGAAAGUCCAACCAAGCAGGAAGUAUAGCAGCAAGUUCAAGGUGUUUAUUGGUAAGCAAAGGAUCAACACAAUCGAAAAAGAAGGGCAAACCAAGGACCUGCUCAUCAGUCUUGGAGUGUCUAGGAAGAGAGCGCGAAUUUUGGCCCGCGACAUAACAGCUCUCGAAAGUGAAAUCAAAGAACUGGCAGAGCUUGAAGGAUCCCCAACAGAGUUGAGCAUAGAAGAGUUCGAGAAAAGGACAAAGUUGGCCCUGGGAAAGUAUAUAGGCACCGCCUUCGGCAGCGCUUUCGAACCCAGUUUCAUGGUGCAGACCUCCGAAUUACCCUACCUAGAGGGUUUGCAGAAUCUCUUGGAUACAUUCGAGAGUGAAACCGUUGCCAGUUACCUGAUGAUCAGCUUCGUUCGGUACCUGAGAGGUCUGGUUGGCAGCGCUGCCGAAGGUGAUCCUGGAAAGUGUGCCACGGCAGUGGCUUUUCACAUGGACACCGCCAGUGAGCUGCUCUACAAGGACUUCUACUUUAGGUUUGGAAAGUUCCAGCGGUAUAAUAACGAUGUCCAGCAAUUGUUCAAUCUCAUCUCCAAGUCCUUCCUGGGACAACUGCGAAGCAAUCGAUUGAACCUUACCGCCUUGGAAGUUCAGUUUUUCACACAGAAGUUAAAAUCCAUGACCGUGAUUAACCUCAAUUUGGGAUCCUCUGAACCGGACUUUGCUGUGAUGCACUUGAAGGUCCUGUGGCACCGUAAUCGCAAGGUCUUAGAGCAACUGGAUGGAUCAGUGCCCACUGGCAGGGAAUUCUUCCUACUCUCCAACAAUGACUAUAUCAGUGCAGAGCCGGAACUUUUAGUGUUCAGAAACACAGUUGUCCUACCCAUCAACAUCCUGCAGGAGCCCUUCUUUACACCCGAAAUGCACAAUGUCUUCAAGUUGAAGGCAACGAACACAAUCAGGCUUACCUUGAUGCUUAAUGAGAAAAACUCCAAGUCGAGGGAAGAUCCUGUGCUUGAUGUGAUGGCCCUGAAAACUAUCUACAGGAUGUACUUUGAAGAUGACUCCCAGUUCAGUCAGAAGCAGCCGAGCUUCACCAGUUUUCCUCUGAGGCAGUUGUUCUUACUAAACUUUGCUCGGGUUUUUUCAGGAGAAGCAGAGCAUGGAGACACUAAUGAGUUGCGUCUUAGUCAGGCGUUGAGAAAUCUGCAAUCCUUUGGCAAGGACUUUAAUUGUCCCACUUCGGAGGCUCUGAAUUCGUGUGAGAUGUGGUAG